CCUGGCUCUCGCAGCCCGUCCUCGUCCUCGAGCAGUGACUGCCCAGGCACCGAACUCUGGGUGCCGCGUCCCGCCUCGUCCUGCGGCGCAACUUUCCCUCCGGAGCUGGGCUCCCUGCCCCCAGCUCUGCUGACUCGGGCGAAAGAGGCAGAGGCAGGUCCCUGCUCCCAGCCUGCCGGGCCAGGGACCCGGAGCGAGCCAGCGGGCAGGGCCAGCACAGCGCCUAGCCCCGCGCACGCCUCGCGCCCCACCGUGCCAGCCGAGGGCUCGUGCCACCCUUGCCCUGCGCCCGCCGGCCCUGGCCAGGCUCGGGGAGGAACGAUGCGCCCCGGACGCUGCUGCCCCUGGGCCAGGGGCCGUGCUGCUGCCCUGCUGCUCCUGCUCGCAGCCCUCUCCUCCCACCCCGCACUCGGGGAAAGGGGGCGGAAGAAGGUCGUCCACGUGCUGGAGGACGACAGCGGGGCGGUGGUGGUGCAGACGGCACCGGGGAAGGUGGUGACGCACCGGGGCGGCACCAUCAUCCUGCCCUGCCGCUACCACUACGAUGUGUCGGCCCAUGACCCCGACGAGAUCCGCCUCAAGUGGACCAAGGUGACGGAGCCCAUGGCCUUCGUGGAUGUCUUCGUGGCCAUGGGCAAGGAGCGCCGCGCCUUCGGGAGCUACCGGGAGCGCACGGCCCUGCAGGAGGACGGCCCCGGCGACGCCUCCCUCAUCAUCCGCAACGUCACGCUGCAGGACUACGGGCGCUACGAGUGCGAGGUCACCAACGAGCUGGAGGACGACGCUGGCAUGGUCAAGCUGGACCUGGAAGGUGUGAUUUUCCCCUACCACCCGCGCCUCGGGCGCUACUCUCUCAACUACCACGAAGCGCAGCAGGCAUGCCUGGAGCAGGACGGCAUCCUGGCCUCCUACGACCAGCUGCACCAGGCCUGGCUGGAGGGCCUGGACUGGUGCAAUGCGGGCUGGCUGGACGACGGCUCCGUGCAGUACCCCAUCUCCCGGCCCCGGGAGCAGUGCGGCCGCAAGGACACGCCCGUUGGCGUCCGCAAUUACGGCUACCGGCACAAGGACGACGAGCGCUACGAUGCCUUCUGCUUCACCUCCAACCUCAACGGCAAAGUCUACUUCCUGAAGACCUACCGCAAGCUGAGCUACCCCGAGGCCGUGCAGGCCUGCAAGGACAACAGGGCAGUGGUGGCCAAAGUGGGGCAGCUUUACGCCGCCUGGAAGAUCCAGCUGCUGGACCGGUGCGAGGCCGGCUGGGUGGAGGACGGCAGCAUCCGCUACCCCAUCGUCAACCCCCGGGCGCGCUGCGGGGGCCGUGAGCCCGGCGUCCGCAACCUGGGCUUCCCGGACAAGAAGUACAAGCUCUUCGGGGUCUACUGCUUCAAGAAGGCGGGCGAGGUGGCCCCCAAGCAGGUGUCCAGCAAGGGGAGGCCUCUCUGGGUGUGAGGGGCAGGGGCUGUCCCCCCAGCCCGGACAGCGCUGCUCCUGCAGCCAUCAGACACGUGCUCCAGCGGGAGACGGCGACCGCAGCAACUGCCCCCUCCAGCCCCCAGCUCCUGGCAGGGAGGACCACGGCCCUGGCCACGGAGCAGCGGGACCCGGCUCCUGGCUGCCAGAACUGCACGCAGGAUGGGAGCCCCCUCUCCCGCUUCCCGUGGCAGGGACAGUCCCGGGCGCAGCAGGCCAAGGAGGGCGCUGGCAGGAGGUCCUCGCCCCGCACAAGGGCAGCGAGGCUCCAUGCAUGGGGGGGUCAUUCUGCAACCGCUGCCCCUCACCGCCCUGCCCUGCCCUGCAUCGCCCGCGCAGCCAGACUCCUCUGCGGCGGUCUCCUCCUCCACUGGGGCUUGGAGCACCCCUCCCAGGCGUCCUCUGCUUGCACAGGGGCCAGGCUGGCCCAGGCCGCUGUCCUGCAGCUUCCAGAGCCUCCUCCUCUACCCAGGUUGGGUUGGGCAGACCUGGCAGCACUGCGGCUGGGGCUGGCAGAGACCUUGCUGUGCUUCUCAGAGACCUGUGGGGUCAGGGCCUGCAAGGGCCCAAGGCUGCCCCAGAGCCAUGCCCUGGUGAUGACCCUCCACUGAGCAUGGCCUGGAGGCCAGCGAUGCCAUGCAGAUGGACGAGCCAGAGGAGCGCAUGAGGCACAAUCCCUGCUGGGACAUUGCCCCUGCCCACCCCCCCCUCUGUGCCUCUGCCCUGUACCAUGCACUUUUCAAAGGAAGCUGAGGAGGAAACUCAGGCCCAGAGAGAGGAAGACCCUGGGUGUGCUCAUGCCCAGGCCAGUGCCCUGCCAGGGGGCACAGAGCCAUGGCAGAAGCUCAGCCUGCUGCCCCCUCACUGCCUCUCCGAGGAGGAUGGGCACUGCCCGCUGGUGCAGACUCAGCACGUCUGGACCCAUCUCCCCAAUGCCGCCCUACCAGAGAGCAGGACCCAGAGGAUGACCGCUGGGGAGGCCCAUGCGGGUGGCCUGGCUGCAGCUUCCCUUGGCCGAGUUACACCCAGGGGUCACAGAGCUUUUUCCAAGGGCUGGACAUCAGUCCGACUUCCUCAUGACAGCCCGGGCACAGCACCAGCCUCCCUGCCCCGAGGGCACGGCCUGCAUGGGGCUCAGCUCUACAGGGUCAGUCACCACUCUGGGUCCGUCUGCCCGGCUCCAGCUCUGAGACGCCUGCCAUAGCCAGCACCGGGACCAUGGGGCAUUGUCAUGUGGGACCCCAUCCUGCCAGGGGCUGAGGGCCUUCCUCUGGUGGGCCCAGACCUGCAUGUCAGACUGAGAGUGAGGGGAAGGGCCCAUGGUAAGAGCACCGGGUCUGGCUCUGGGUUCAGGGGGAGGUUACCCGGUGCCCGGGGUGGGGACCUGCCUUCCUGCCGCCCUGCAGAUCCCCCGGGUGGGCGCGUGCCAGGGGCUCAUGAGCCCCUCCUGUCCCGCUGCUCCUCCUUGCUCGUAGCGCGGUGCCCACCCUCCCCGCUGCAUGCAGGUGGCCGCCUUCCCCCAGUGGCAGAGCCGCUGGACUCGCUGCAACGCUGCCCAUGCAUGCUUUGGGUGCUAGCUGCAUGGCCUGCAUGCAUCGCUGUGCGAGGCCCUGCUAGACACUGCCAGGGAGGAGAGAGGAGGGGCCCAGUCGCUGGGGGUUGCUUUCAGCUCCGCCGGGGCUCCCUGCCCGAGCCGGGUUGGGGGUCAGGUGGGUGGUGGCUGUGGUGCCAACACCAGCUCUAGACACAAUAAAGACCUGGCAGCUAAUGGAGACCCAUGGGCUCCCGCCUCUCUCUCCUCUGCAGCCUCCCCCACGCACUUCCCUCCUCACUCCCCGGUGCCUCCAGUGGGUCCCUCUCCAGGCUGGCACCCCAAUGCCCGCUGACACUUGAGGGUGGGCCCUGCACCCAGCCCAGCUCCAGGGAGGGUACAGGGCUGGGAUGCAAUAUCCAGGCUCCGGCGCGGUGGGGGCAGGCACCCAGGGAGGGUGCCCCGCCAUGGGGCAGUGCCCUGGGACACUCCCCUUGCCUAGCGCACAGCAGCAGCCGCCCCCAGGGGGGCUGCAUCGCUGGAGGGUCUGGUUCUUCUCUCUUGCCCAGUGGCAGUGGGUGGGACACGGUGGCAGCGUGGGGCCCAGCGCUUCUGUGUGUCUAUGUGCGUGUGUGUGUGCAUGUGUGUGUGCACGUAUGUGCGUGUGCAUGUGUGCGUGCACGCACCGAUCCACCCUCAGGGAGCUCCUCCCCCUCCUCCCUUGCUGUAGCUGGGCCCAUUUGGCCUUCACCUCCUGCUGGGGUGGGGUGGGGAGGGGGGGCACCAGAGGCCCCAGGCAGCGCCCACGUCUGGUUUCCCCUCUUCCUGGUGAUGCCUUUGGGGGACGGGGCUGCCAGCCCUGCUGCCCCAUGUCCUGGGCAAGGCAGUGGCAGCUCACCCAGACACCAUCCCGCUGCUGUCUUUGCCCCGAACCCAGACCCUGCCCCCUGCCCAGAGCUGAGCAGAUACACCUGGCAAACACCCCACAGCCAGCCCCGGCUCAGCCCCAUCUGCCCCCAGAGCCAGCCGCAGGCAGAUGCCCCCAGGGCAGGGGAGUCUGCCCCGGCUCUCGUCCCCCACCAAUCCGUGCCCCAGAUACGAGGGAAAGACACGGGCUAAAAAUAAACGAGGAGCUGGGGGGACUGGGCCGGAGGAUCCAUGCGUGUGCAGGUGCCACGCUCCGGGCACCUCAGCUCCCCUUCCUGCAAUGGGCAUUGCUCGCAGGCCCAGAUGAACCGAAGGGGCUGCACUGCCCCCCUGUCUGACCCCUCCUGUCUAGUCCCCCCUA